AUGGCUUCAUUUUUAAAGAUUUCUACUUUGAUUGCAAUUGUUUCUACUUUACAAACCACUUUAGCUGCUCCACCAGCUUGUUUAUUAGCUUGUGUUGCUAAAGUUGAAAAAGAUUCAAAAUGUUCUGGUUUGAAUGAUUUAAAUUGUAUUUGUUCUACUAAAAAUUCCGAUGUUGAAAAAUGUUUGAAAGAUAUUUGUCCAAAUGGUGAUGCUGAUACUGCCAUUUCUGCUUUCAAGAGUUCUUGUUCUGGUUACAGUUCUGAAUCUUCUUCUUCUUCUUCAUCUGAAUCUGAAUCAGAAUCAGAAUCAACUUCAAGUAAAGAAUCUUCUUCAUCUUCUUCAUCUGCUGAUGAAUCUUCAAGUGUUGAAGCUUCUACUACUGAAGAAUCUAGUUCUGCCAAGGCUUCCGAUUCUGCGUCCGGUUCUGCUUCUGCUGCUGGUUCUUCUGUUGGUUCUUCAGCUAUUGAAACUACUUCUACUGAAGAAUCAGCUUCCGCUACCGGUUCUGCUUCUGCUGAAGCUGGUUCUACUAAAGAAUCUUCUUCUGAAGCUGCUAGUGCCACUUCAUCUACUUUACAAGAAUCUAAAACUUCUUCUGCUUCAUCUACUGCUGCAUCUGGUAUUUUGACUCAAUCUGAAGGUUCUGCUGCUAAAGUUGGUCUUGGUGCUUUAGUUGGUUUAAUUGGUGCUGCUUUAUUGUAA